AUGGCAAGAGCAAGUAUAGGUUGGAUUAACACUACACAAAAAGAUAAUGUUCAAGACUUUUUGACAAGCAAUGUUCUUAAAUCUCCAAUACAUGCAAAGAAGGUUCAAAGAUUACCACCUUUGAAUAUACAGUAUGAUACACCUCGUAUAUCAGAUGAUAAAAAAUGGACUGAUCAGUCAUUAAUUUCAACUCGAAGUGUCGAUAAUUAUUUAGCUGAAUCGGAUGCAUUUCAACGAGCUUCUUAUGCAAAUAUAAUCGACAAAUGGAAAGAAUAUGAUAAAAGUAAAACUGAUCGACUUCUAUCCACAUUUGAUGCUCAUUAUAAUAUGAAAAUACGUUUUCGUCACGAUGACAAAAUAAAUCGUUCAUCAGAGAUGAAAUAUGGAUCAAUUGCAACAUAUUAUCGUUUUAUGGGCAAUGAAAAUAGUCGAAAGAAUAAUAAGCCAUGUGGACGACAUAAACGUCUUAUACAAGAAUAUGAAGAAAGACAUGUACGUGAUUUGUUACAAUUGCCAACAACAACAAUUAAAACACGUAGACCACCUCAUUAUUUAUCGAAAAUAACUGAACUUCCACCUGCUGAAACAACUAUUCAUAGUUCAACAUCAGUUAGACCGUCCGUAUCCGUUGCUGAGCAGUCACAUCAUACAUUCGAUUUUCGACGAUUUUCACAACGUUGUAUUGUAGAUAUAAAUAAAAUAUUAAUUGUGCGCAAUUCAUCUAAUAAUAAUUUUCGACGUUUAUGUAAUGUUAUUGCAUAA